AUGACUGUCUUAACAUUUUCAUCUUUUUCAGAUGAGGAAGAAAAAUGUCCCGAAUUUACAGACCUUAACCUAGGCCAUGCUUUUUCUGGAACAGAGCUCCAUGUUCAGCUACUCCUGUACACAAGGAAAAAUCGAGAUUGUGCUGAGAGACUCAUUGAAAACAAUGUUACUGCAUCUGAGUACCUGAAUACAACCAAGAAAAUUGUCUUUGUUAUUCAUGGCUACAGGCCAACAGGAUCUCCUCCAGCAUGGCUGGGUGACAUGCAGAGGCUUUUACUGUCCUCAGAGGAUAUUAAUCUCAUUAUAGUUGAUUGGAACCGUGGUGCUACCACUGUGAUUUACAGAACUGCUGUGGAAAACUGCAGAAAAGUUGCAGAAAUACUGAAGAAUUAUAUUGACCAGAUGCUGGUGGGUGGAGCUUCUCUUGACUCCCUGCAUUUAAUUGGAGUUAGUCUUGGUGCUCACAUAGCUGGAUUUGUUGGCCAGAAGUAUAAAGGCAAACUUGGAAGAAUUACAGGUCUGGAUCCAGCAGGCCCUUCAUUCACUGGAGAACCACCAGACCACAGGCUGGAUCCCACUGAUGCUCGGUUUGUGGAUGUGAUCCAUUCAGACAUUGAUGCACUAGGUUUCAGGAAGCCUUUAGGAACCAUUGACUUCUAUCCAAAUGGAGGAACGGAUCAGCCUGGUUGUCCAAAAACACUUUUCAGUGGAUUAGGUUAUUUUAAAUGUGACCAUCAGAGAUCUGUCUUCCUAUUCUUAGCAUCUUUGAAAAACUGGUGUGACUUGAUAACAUAUCCUUGUGACUCUUACUUGGAUUACAAGAGAGGAAAAUGUAUGGAUUGUGAUGCUUUCCAGCCCAUGUCCUGCCCAGUAGUGGGUUAUCAUGCUGAUAGAUGGAAAAAGCUGUUGGUACCAUAUAGCUCACCAACAACAGCUUACUUUGACACCUCAGGCAAAGACCCAUUCUGCAUGUAUAACUACGUAUUGGAAAUUAUUACCUGGAAUAAAAGCACUAGGAGAGGUUUCAUUAAAGUUAAAAUAAUGGAUAAUGCUGGAAACACAGUAGAGUCACAGAUGAGUAGCGAAGCUUCAACAUUUCAGCAAUAUGAAAGCGUCAAAAUACUGACUGGAUUUCCCCGAGACAUUGAAAAAAUUGUAAAAAUGUCCUUGACCUUUACUACAAAGUCUUUAAUAGGCCCAAGAAGAAAGCUUAAAGUUCUUCAGAUGAAGCUGAAAUCUGUCAAUAAUUCAAAAAGGCCUCAGCUAUGCAGAUACGAUUUAACACUGGUGGAGAACACUGAAGUGAUCUUCAAACCUAUUCCUUGCCUUGAGAAGGGUACAUGAAAAGAGAACUCCUACUAACCUAAUUUCUGUCACGGCAGUGACAUUUUGAUGCUUCCUCAGGAUAAAGACUGCAAUGAGAAAGGAAAUGAGAUAAGCUAGAUUUAUUUUUUCAAGAGUCUACCUGAUAAUAUGCAUUACUUGCUCUGGGUGCCUUAGGCUGAAAUUAAUUGGAAAGUUCAGACUUGUAUGUUCCUGGAAAAUUAUUUGAGUAAAGUAAAUGUAUCAUGGUGGAGAACAUGCAGUGGUGUGUUCAUUACUCUUUGUUAGCAAUGAAGCAACUACUGAAUUAAAUAUGAAUUAUCUGCAUAAUCCUGGCAUGUGAUUUGUCAUAUAUAUAUUUAAA